ACGAUGAACAAAAAAUAACUAUUUAGUAUCUAAAUUUUAGAUAAACUUUUUCAGUUCAGAACAGCGACUAGCUCUUUUUUGUUAGUUCGUUCAUGAACUACCCAACACAAGUUCUUAGCGUUUUAAAGUAGCUUUCUAACAAUUGUGAAAUAAAAACCAUUUAUCCCGCUUUUAUUAAUAAAUACUUGCAUUAAAAAAAGUAAAUUCGUCAUCAGAACAUAUUUAACGACAUGGAGGACACCAAUGACAAGCAGGCGCAGCAAAAGGAGAACGAGCUUGGGAAGAUCCCCUCUCAGGAGUUAAAAACCGACGAUCUUGCAAGUCACCAAGACCAACGUGAUAAAAAACUAAAGAUUGACAUGCAACAGGAGAAGAUUAUCGUAGAUGAGCCCAAGAUGGUAGACAAAUCCACGCAGCUGACCGUGCAAAAGCUUCAACAGCAAAUCGAGGUGCUUGAGAACAACCGUAAGCUGUUACUGAAUCGACUUGCAGAAGUCGCAGAAGUUAAAUCACACAAUGUAAAGAUUCAGAAGAAAGAUAACGAGGUUCAGCCUCAAAACUCUCAAGUGGACCAGACUGCUACUGAAGUUAAUCAAAUUCUAAAACAGUUGGAACAGCAGAUCUCCAAAACUGCGACCCUAGAAGAUAAUCUUGAAGAGCUGGACAAAUCCACUAAAUUAAUCAUUGAGGAACUAGGACAGCAAAUUGCAGAGCUUGAGGAAGACCAUAGACUUUUUCGUAGUGAGCUCGAUGAGAAGGAACAUGCAUACCUAGAGGAAAUAGACGAUCUGCAGGAAGAAGUUGAUGAUCUUUAUAUUAAUAUUACCUGUUCCAUUUGCCAAUCUCCCUGGACAUCUGAUGGGGAACAUCGCCUAGUUUCGUUGUACUGUGGACAUCUAUUUGGGAAAGAAUGCGUUCAGCGACUCGCCGAAUGCCCAACUUGCGGAUCGGAAAUUCGUUCAACAGGUGUGCGGCCCAUCUUUGGUCGCAACAUCUUGCCAGCUAAUUAGGUUUUCUGGCAUACUACUUUAUAACCGUCUAGUCAAUAAGUACAACUUGAGUCGUGAAGAAACCUACAACAAUGCAUUAUUAUGAUAAACUGGAAGAGGUUUAAUCAAAAUAUGUAAUGUUUUUUUUUGCCCAGUCGUUUGCCCAUGUUACUUUCAUUAUAAUUUUUACAUUUCCUUUCCUAUCGGCAAAAUAAAAGCACAAGAUACACGAUUCUGUUCAUCU